CCUGGAGAGGCUGAGAAGGAAGCAGGAGAAGAAGGGGGAGGAGAGCUGGCUCUCCAGGAGGGAAAGAAGCACAGGGACGGAAUGAUAAGAUGGCUACCAAGGGAGUAUAUAAACUGGACGAUGGGGACCCUUUCCCAACCAACUGCUUCCCAGCCAGAAAUCUUUUGCGGCCAAGAUAUGAGGAAGGAGUGGGUCACUGGCAGGUGGCGCGCCGGACAGCAGAGGAAACCAGGAUCAAAUUGCUCUUUGGCAGAAGGUCCACCCAGAUCAAAUGGCAAGAGGGAGAAGUACUGAGAGGAGACCUCCAGCAUCUCAAUGAGAAAACCCUAGACCGCACCCAACUGAUUCAACUCCAUUAUGUGAAAAGCCCUACAGAUCUAUGCUCAGUGGACAUCAGCAACCGGAAUUUUACUUCGGCAAAAGAAGAGGACUUUGAGCAGUUUACCUCUGUUGCCUAUAUCAAUGCCACAGAGAACCUUCUGACCCUAGAUGUUUUUUGCACAUUUCCUGAGCUACGGGAACUGGAACUUUCCUUGAACGGCUUGAGAAAUCUUAAAAUCAACGCUGGGGACUUCCCUCACUUGGAAGUUUUGGACCUGUCCUACAACAACCUCUCUCCUGAGGAUGUCCGAGUCUUGGGGGUUUUGUCCCACCUUAAAGUUCUCCAUCUCACUGCCAAUGGGCUGACGGCACUUCCACUCGACCUGGCUGUUCCUGAGAGCAGCGAAGAAUCUCCAAGGUUCCCAGCUCUGGAAGUCUUGCUCUUGGACGACAACCAGCUUUCCCACCCAAAUGUCUUUGUCAGUCUGGCCAACCUUCAAAACUUGAAGCAGUUAAAUCUGGACAGAAACGGGAUCAGAGAGGUGCCGUAUCUCCACCAGGUAGAGAACGCCCGCUUCUCCAUCCACCCGCUUUCGGCAAAGUCUGGCAUCAGAGAAGGUCUGCGGAGCCGGAAAAAAGCCGGGAAACAGCUCCAGCAGGAUAAGCCCUCGAAACGGAGCGGGACGCCGGACUAUAUCGUUCUUCAGAACAGCAAGGAUCCAGACAGAACGGAGGUUUUCUUUCCAUCCUGGACUCCAGAGCCACCAACACAGGAGCCUUCUCCUUCCCCUUCUCCUUCCCCGCAGCCGGAUCCCAAGACUUCCUGCGUCGACGAAGACACUGAGUUCACCCUUCCUUUGCCAGAACUGAGGUUCCUUAGUUUGGCGGACAAUCAGGUUGAACACGAGGAGGACCUCUUAGCCGUGGCUCUCUUCCCAUCUCUGGCAGAACUGACCUUCCAUGGGAAUCCUUUCACCACUGCACGCAGCGGUGACCCUCCUUUACUCACCAGUUUCCUUCAGAACAAACUGGGCAUAAAACUAGUCCGGAAGAAAAUUUCCAAGCUGGAGAAGCCGCGGAUCUUUAUACCCAUCAAAGCCAACCGCAAGGUGAAAUCGCAGCUGCCCAAAGUCAAGAAGCGCCCGCUGGUGAUAGACGCACCGCUUGAAACCACCUUCUGGCAGCUGUGGACUGGGGCGGACUUGGAUACCCACAAAUUAUACCAAGGGAUGCCCCCGCCUCUUCCAUCCAUCAAGUCCAUAGGGAGUGAGCGUCCGGUCCUCUUAAUGCUCAACCCGGAAGAUAGAUCCGUACCUUAUUCUCUGUGCAGUUCUUUCGCCACAGACGAUUUCUCUGAUCUCCCGUCCACAAUUGACCAGUUUGAGACCGCCGCUGACGAAGUCUCUUCACUGGAAAACUUGCUGUUUCCCAAUAUUGGUAGGGUCCGGCCCCAGUCUCUUCUCUCAGAGGAACAGCAUCAAAGGGAGCUUGAAGCACGGAUUCAUAGGUUUUUGAGAGAGCAGAAUUUGACAGAUUUUCCUGGCCCUCCUACUCCCAUCCCUUCUCCUUCAAGGGAUUUUUCAGAGAGAGCGCCACCUGCUUCGGCAGGACCGGACCAAGUAGAGCCCAUUCUACCUCCACAAGAACAGGAUCUGUCUGAACCAACCUUGACAACACAGAGGGAACCUUCUGAGAUUGUCCCACCAGUGACUUCUGAGGUAGAGCAUCUACCGCCGGUUCCACCGCUGGAGUCCCCUUUGCCAGAGCCUGUCCCACCAAUGGAAACUUCAGCAGUGGAGGAAGAAAUGCCAAAACCUUCUUCUGUCGCAGAGAAAGAGAACCUGUCCAAGGCCUUCCCACCAGCUGGGUCUUUCACGCUAGAGGACGAUCAGUUGCGAUCCACCCCACCUACCAGCUCAAGCCCUCUAGGACUGGAUUGGUUAGAAUGUACUUCACCCCAUGGAGACUUACCUGAGGCUCUCUCUCCAGAUGCUUCUCAUAGAGGUGAUCACCUGGUAGAACUCUCUCCUUCACACAGCUCAGCCUUGCCAGGUCAAGAUCUCUUGGGUCCAGACUCUCUAGCUGUUCCUCCGCAGGGACCGGAUGUGGCCGAGCUAUUGCCACCUGCCGGCUCACUUCUGGAAGAACCAGAUCAGUCCAAAUCUGUCUCAUUUUUGCAUGAGCAGUGCUUUCCUGAGCUUGUUCCCUCAAGUGUCUCUCUUAGAGGGGAAGAGGACAUGAUGGGGUCUCUCCCAUCUUCAGCUGAACAUGAUCUUCAGGAGGAGCAAACCAAACCCAACCGAGAGUCUGAAGCAGAGAUGAGCUCAGCCUCUGGAUCACAGGGAGAGGGCCGUCAGUCACUCGAAACACCUCGCUUUCAAGAAAUUCCAUCCGGAUCCCUUUUGCCUUCCCGGUCAUCUUCCAGAGAGCUUUACGAGUUAUUUGCCCAAGCCCACUUAGCCGCCGUUCCUCCAGGGAUCGACGACGAAUUUUCCAGUGAAAUUUGUAGUCCUCGUGAGGAAUCUCCAGGGGAAGGGGAAUCAGGAUCUUUCUUCAUGACCCAGGUGGAUGAGGUCCCCACUAUUACAAAGAAGUCAAUUAAGUCACAAAGGAAGACAAGAAAAUCAUUGCAAGUGCCUGAGAAAUACAGGGGUUAUGAGGAGCUGCUCGGAGGGGACCCCGGGCCAGAUUUCGUGGAGCCACUGGGAAUACAGCACAAUGUCCAAGAGUUGGAGAAGGCCCUCCGUUACCCUCGGGUCUACCGCGAGGGCAAGGCCAGGCUGGACAGCUUCCAGAAGCCCUACGUCCCAGCAGAGAAGACGAAAUUGCGAACCAUGCCCAAAAAGGCCCAAAAGACCAGGGCACAGCAGCUGGAAGAGAUCCUCUUGGAGAUGAGGAAGCCCACAAACAUUGUGCACGUGCCCUUAGUGUGUAUUCUGGAGCACAGGAAAGAAAACUGGCUCGAAUAUCGGAAGGCCGUACAGCUGCUGAAGGAAUUCCGUGAAGAUUACAAAGCCGCGGUGGCCAUCUGCAACAAAGAGAAGGCCAAGCCGGUCAGUAAGAAGAGUGUUGUUGCAGCCAAGACGGACCAAGGCCAGGCGCUCAGUGGUCUUCCUGAGGUCAAAGGGAGCAGCAGGCCACAGGCACCAGAACCCCCAUCAAAGGAUGAGGAGCCCAGUGUAGACACCGAAGAGCCUCCUGUUCUAGAAAACUAGGAAUGCUUACUGGGUGAAGAGAUGCUGGAUCUUCCAGAACCUUCUGUGAUACACAGGGUAUAUGCCUGUCGAGUUCUUACAUGGUUGUUUUGGAGCCAAAGGCUGAGCAUAGUUUCACCCCACUAGCGCAUUUUCCACCUUAAAUCCAUGAAGCAACCCCAAGAUGAAAUAAACAGCCACGCCAGUGCUGGACUUCUGGUUUUAUGUAAUGGCUGUCUUAUGGCAUUCGCUUUGCCCUCAUAGAAGAUAAACAUUUGCAGGAUCUGAAGGCAGAAGCCGGAUUGAGAAGCAUUAAUCAUUGAUCUGGGAAGUAGAUGAUGCCACCAGCUGAGAAGCUAUGACUGGCAUCUGGGACUUAUUCCUCACAAGCCACGUUUUCAGGGCCGUAGUGUAGAAUGGCUGUGCCUUUUUAUGGGUUGGGCUGGCGAGAGGUUUCCCUUCAAGGCUACCAAGGUGCAACUUGGCUAUUGUACUCCGUUUGGAACACGGGAGACACUUAUGGGUCUCCCUUAUUUUUCAAAAUGUGGCUCUAAAUAUUUAAUUAAAUUUUGCAUUUUUAAAUCAC